AAUGUCAUGCCACACUAAUACACACAUUACCUAGACCAAUUCGUGUUUUGGUGGAAUUAGUGACACGCUAAAGCUGGCAUCUACAUGACACCUAGUGGGACUGUGCUUUUAGUUCAUGUCAGACAGCUUCAGACGACUUGGUAAGAUCUACAACUUACUUCAUUCAUUAGCGGUGCAGCUCUCGGUGUUAGCAUCUUAGCUAACCUUGUCGGUACCUUAAGACGCGAUCACGAUGGAUGCUGACCAACAGCUGAGAAAUCUGCGGGAUUUUCUGCUGGUUUACAACCGUAUGACUGAAGCCUGCUUCCAGCGAUGCAGCAGCAACUUCAACUACAGAAACCUCACCAUGGACGAGGAGCGCUGCGUGGACAGCUGUGCAGGGAAGCUGAUUCGCUCUAACCAUCGAUUGAUGGGCACCUACGUGCAACUGAUGCCUCGGAUGGUGCAGCGCCGGAUGGAGGAGAUGGAGAGCAAGGCAGCAGAAUUAGCCAAAUCAGGUGCUGCGUUGCCUGUUACCACAGAAACUUCACCAACACCUGAAACCCCCAUCACCACACCUCCACUGAUGCUUCCAUCAGGGACUGAUGAUGGACCAGAUGUUCAUGGCUCAGUCUUAAAGCCAGCAGGAUUAGAUAUUCCACUUGAGCUGGAUGCUGCUGUACCUAAAUCCACAGUAGCUGCAGAAGUCAAAUCAUCAGCUGCUACACCGCUCACACCUGCGAUUGAAACACUAGAUCUCUUAGCACUUGGAAAAGUUGGCAGCGGACCGUCUCAUACAGCAGGCCCCCCUCAGCUGCCCAUAGCAGGUGCCCAAAUAGAGUCUGGCAGUUCAGUGCCAGUGUUUAUGCCAGCGAAACCAGCUUCCUUAACAGACGAAGUGCCUGUGUUAACACUUGCUGCUCCUACAGUGUCUAAAUCUACAGUGAGCCUUGCAGGCCAAGAGAAAGCCCCAGAGGUUCCACCGCAGUCAGGCCAGUAAUGAUGCUCAGUCUAAUCCUAAAUUUGAUUUUAAAGGUAUACUAUGCAGGAAUCUCCUUUUAAAAAAACAAACAAAGUAAUCUCCCUUAAUCAUCAUUUAUGAGCCACUAGAAAUGUGUGGCGGUGUAUUUAUCUGCAGAGACUCUGCCUGUAUUUUCUUAUUUUGCUUUGUUCAGGUUGCUUUUGGGUGUCAAACUUUGGGUGGGUUUAGUCCCUAGCCAAUCAAAUCGUGCAGCGUGUGAGGUCGGGACUUGUAGCUUAGCGACCAGGCUACAUCACUGUCUCCGUCUCUCUCUGCUCUGCUCUCUACCUCAACACCUUCUUGCAGGGUUGUGCAGAGGUGUGAGUGAAAUUUAUUUGUGCUUGGGAAUGUAAACUCUGUGAAACAGACAAACACCAACUGACAAAUCCUGCAUAAUAUACCUUUUUAAUUUCUGUAUUUCUGGAGAAAAAAAUGACUUAAUUAAUAGAUCAAAAUAAAUUAUGACUUGUGUAAUAUCACUAUAUUAUACCAUUUUUUGCUGGCUACAGUUUCCCAAAUGGAAGCAUUUUCUGUUUUUCUGUGAGUAAUAUUGUAAAUUGAACACCUUUUAGAUUUUUCACUAUUUGUUUUUUUCUUUUUAAGUGCUGGUAACAUGAAACAGGUAUCUUUGUUUUAAAUUAUUAUUAUUUUUGACUAAAUAGUAAACAAUACGAUAAUAAUCUCAAAUUGCAACUUUAGUGCACUGUGAUAUAGCAGGAAAAUACAAUGAACUGCAGAGACCUUAUUAUAAAGAAAUGUUAAUGACAAAAACAAAUAUGGUAAUAUUAAGUCCAAAAUGUAAUGUUCUGUGAUAAAAGGCAAAAACAAGAAUGAAGGUGUUGAAAGUAUGUCUGUGCAGUGGCUGUUGAAUAGCUAUUAUAGUGAUGGUGGCAGUGUUGUCGCCAGUUAAAGCUCUGCGGGAAUCAGUCUCUAGCCUGCAGCCUGGAUUGUGUCCACCUGAUCUGAUUUGCACUGUCUGAUGAUCCCCUUAACACUGUAAUUCACCCAGUCCUGAUAACUGUUUAGAAAGGUGUCACAGUACAUGAAAAAAUAAGAUAA